AUGGCGACUCAGCGCCGCCGGUUCCUUGGGGCUUUCCCCGCGCAAAGGCUUCUGCCGAAUCGGUGGCGGCGGGCGCCGAUCUGGGGUGCUUCCUCGCCCUCGCGGCGCGCGAACUUGCGUGAUGGUUUCCUUUUUGUCGCGUCGCGCGCGCGGUGUCAUCAGCUUUCGCGGCCGAAACUCCGAAAGGGCGGGAAGCAUACGCACGCGGCGUGCUGCAAGCCAUCUGUUGUCGUCCGCGGCGUCGAGUUUGGAGAAGACUGUGGGUGCCAGCGGCUUUUGGCGGCGGCGCGCAUGGGGAUCUCCAUGUCGAAGUUUGAGCCGCUGCCAAAUUCUGUCGCUUGGGAACGCAAAACGACUGCAGCGGACGCUUUCGUAACAGGACUACCCCGCGUUGGCCGCCUGCCGUCCGCCCGGCGCAAUUCUUUUUUCUGCGCCGGCUGCGUUGCUCAUGUAUAG